GGCUGCAGACUUGUGCUGUCAUAAUUAACGUUGUUAUUAAAGGCAGUAUCACAGUGAUUAAAUUUAUCCCGGGGGUAUUUUUGCAGCACUCUGAGUAACUUUGGUUGUUAGCCAGUAUUUGGAGCAAAACAUUUUGAGUUAGAUUAAAACCUUUAUAAGAAUCAUUGGCUCAGGACAUCUGGUGCUUGCAUCACUCUUUGGGGGUGCUGGUCAGCAGUGGUUUAAAGCAGGGUCAGAAUUUUGGUGAGGCUGGGGAACGAGGACAGUUCUGGUGGGUGGCCCCCAGUAUUUCAGCAGGACAGGAGAUGGAAUUUCUUUACAUUUCCCUGCUUUAAGCAAGCUCAGCUUUCUGAACUGCUCAGCUUUGUUUUUUUGGUCCCCAACCACAAAUUUCAGAGGAAGUGGCAGGUUAAUAAUGUGAGAAUGUUGAGCUGGGGAAUGACUACUGUUGUGUGAGUAUCCAAAAAGGGAACUUAUUCCAAGAAUAGAAUGAGUGGUGGAUAUUUUGCUAUUUAAACAUCUUAAGCUUAACUCAGGGCUUUAUUUUACUAUCACUAAGAAUCUUUGCAUUGAAUCCCAUCCCUUGUGAGAGAAGGGUUUAUAGGAGAGAAGUGUAUUUUUAUCACUUUGUCUCAGGGCUUGGCUAACACGUCUUUGAUAAAUUAUUAGAAAAGCAUUGAACAAAAUACAGUGAGAACAUCUAAGCUCUUUCAGAGGCUGUACCCAAAUCCAUGCUGGUUUUUGAAGCCAGUCUGUAGUGCCUGACACAGUGCAAUAAAAUGAAUGCUGAUCAGUGUCUCUUUUUAGCUGAGCUUUUCCCUCCACUGUCAUUAUCUUCUUUCAUAACAAUAUCCAGCCUUGAUAGUGCUUAAACCAGACAAAAUCUCAGCCAUCCAAAUACAGGGCCUUCAUCUUCCUCCUUUUGAGCUCCAGUCUGGGUAAUGAACAUUCAGUGAUCAUAAGAGCAAGGCAUAAAUAAUCUCUCCCUCUUUUUAAACACGUGGGGUUGUAAACCACAGGUGGGAGCUCUGUUAGCAGGUUAAGAAAGGUAAAAGACUUAAGCAUUUGGUGGAUAAGUAAACAGUAAGUUCAAGCAUAAGCUUUUUAUCCUCCUCAGUCUCCACCUUCCCUCUGGAGGUAUUAGAUGGGAAAUAAUUACAGUGUUCUGAGGUCAGCCCUACCCCCGAGAAGCUUCCCCUCCCCUUGCCCUGGGGAACAGCUGCUGAACUUGGGUUGCUCUGUCUGGGCUGGGAGCUGCCAAGAGCCUGUCAGGCUCCACGGGCAUGGAUUGGGGCACUUUUGCAGUCACCUAGAAAAGGGGAUUGCACCCUGGGUGAGCAACCAGGCAGGUCCUCGUGGGUUUUGGUGGCUUGGUGACUCAUGAGAAGGCUUUGUGCCAGCCUGGGGACAGCACACACAGAGCCAGCAGAGAGGCUGCUGUGACAUUAUGGGAAUUGGGAGCUGCUUUAACAGGACAUCAGACCCCCUGUUCACUAUCACGGUCCUAGUGAGCCCUCGACAGAAUUUGACUCGCAUCACAUUAAAAGGGACUUUCCAGGGGGCUAAAGUGGUCCGUGGGCCUGACUGGGAGUGGGGUAACCAGGAUGGGGGUGAAGGUAAGACUGGCCGCGUGGUCGAUAUCCGGGGCUGGGAUGUGGAGACCGGCCGCAGCGUUGCCAGCGUCACCUGGGCAGAUGGAACCACCAACGUUUACAGGGUGGGCCACAAGGGAAAAGUGGACCUCAAAUGUACCGUGGAGGCUUCUGGGGGCUUCUACUACAAGGAGCAUCUCCCAAAAUUAGGGAAACCAGCCGAGCUGCAGAGGAAGGAGAGCACAGACAGGCAUCCCUUCCAGCACGGGGACAAGGUGAAGUGCCUGCUGGACAUCGACAUCCUGCGCGAGAUGCAGGAGGGCCACGGAGGCUGGAAUCCCAAAAUGGCCGAGUUCAUUGGCCAGACAGGGACCGUGCACAGGAUCACAGACAGAGGGGACGUGAGGGUCCAGUUCAACAGUGAGACCCGCUGGACUUUCCAUCCUGGAGCCCUGACCAAGCUCAACACCUUUUGGGUUGGUGAUGUGGUCCGGGUGAUAGAUGAUAUGGAAACAGUGAAGCGGUUCCAACCUGGUCAUGGGGAGUGGACAGAUGAGAUGGCACCUACCCUGGGGCACAUUGGGAAGGUGAUCAAGGUCUAUGGGGAUGGAGAUCUGCGAGUGUCAGUGGGGGGACAGUCCUGGACCUUCAACCCUGCCUGCCUGACAGCCUACCAGAGGGAGGAGGAGGCCAACCUGAUGACCACAGAGAGUGCCAAGGAAUCCAAAAGUACUUUGGUGACUGUCCUGGAGAAGCUACUGUCCCAGAGGACGGAGUCGGAGCACGCAGGGUGCCUGGUCAUUUGUGCAGCCCUCAACAACGCAGCCAAAGUCCGGGAGCUCCUCCAGAAAUACCCAGACAAGGUCGAUGCCAAGAACCAGGGCAGGACUGCCCUGCAAAUUGCCUCUUACCAGGGGCACCUGGAGGUGGUGAAGACCCUGCUGCAGGCGCACGCCAACGUCAACCUGCGGGACGACGAGGGGGACACGGCGCUGCACUACGCAGCCUUUGGAAACCAAGCUGAGGUUGCCCGUGUGCUCCUGGCUAAAGGAGCCAGUGCAGACCUGCUGAACCAUGCCAAGUGCACAGCCCUGUACGUCGCUGUCAGCCAGGGAUUCACCGAGGUGGUGAGGGCCCUCUGUGAGCUCAACUGUGAUGUCAACCUCCCAGAUUCCCAGGGAGACACCCCCCUGCAUUAUGCUAUCACUCUGGACUACAAAGUCGUGAUUGAGAUUCUCACUGAAGUUCCCAACAUAGAUUUCACUGUCCAGAACUGUCAAGGCUUCAACCUGCUCCACUAUUCUGCUCUGAAAGGCAACAAGCUGGCCAUAAAGAAGAUUCUGGCCAGGGCUCGGCAGCUGGUGGACUCCAAAAAGGAAGAUGGAUUCACUGCCCUGCACCUCGCUGCUCUCAAUAACCACAUGGAAGUGGCUGAAAUUCUCAUCAAAGAGGGUCGCUGCGACGUCAACCUGAAGAACAACAGGAACCAGAGCCCGCUGCACCUGGCUGUGAUCCAGGGCCACGUGGGGAUGGUGCAGCUGCUGGUGAGCCAGGGCAGCGACGUCAAUGCUGAGGAUGAGGACGGGGACACGGCCAUGCACAUCGCCCUGGAGCGCCAGCAGCUCAUGGCCCUCGCCAUGGAGAAGCGGGAGGGGGACAUGGGGGCCUCCCUCCUUUCCAAGCUGCAGGCUUCUGGUUUCUUGGGAAAUGUGGAGCUGAAUGUUGGGACUGCCAUUGCCUGCUACUUAGCACAAGAAGGAGCAGACAUUAAUUAUGCAAAUCAUCGGGGAAAGUCUCCUUUGGACCUCAUUACAGAUGGAAGGAUCAUCCAGAUUGUCAAAGACUUCUCACAGAAAUUCAGGGAACAGCAGGUUUCUUCAGAGAGCUCAACCAUCACCUGCAGCCUUCGCCGUGUGCACACCACGCCCAACACCAUGACCAACCUCAGUGUCUCCAGCGUGGCAGUGCCCACAGAGUGCCUGGUCUGCUCAGAGCUGGCCUUGCUCAUCCAUUUCUUCCCAUGCCAGCACAGUAUUGUGUGUGAAGAAUGCUCCAGGAGGAUGAAGAAGUGCAUCAAAUGUCAAGUGACAAUAACCAAAAAACUGAAACAAGACAGCACAGAGGUGGAGUGCAGCCCCAGCUCCGAGUCCACGGAGCAGAGGAAGCUGAUGGAGGAGCUGCAGAGCCGCUACCGGCAGAUGGAGGAGAGGAUCACCUGCCCCAUCUGCAUCGACGACCAGAUCAAGCUGGUGUUCCAGUGUGGCCACGGCUCGUGCCCAGACUGCAGCUCUGCCCUCACCGUGUGCCCCAUCUGCCGCCAGGCCAUCCGGGAGAGGAUCCAGAUCUUUGUCUGAGGAGGCUUCGCUCCCCCCGGCCCCACGUCCUCCUCUGCUUCCCUUCUGUCACGCUCUGAGGGGUUUGGCUCCCUGGAAAAAAGAGAGGGAAGCACAGAAGGGAUGUGCUGGGGGGAGGAGGAGGAGGAGGAGGAGGCCCUUCUGCCGUGGUGU